UACAGGCUAGUGGUGGUGUAGAGGUGUGGGGAAUGUUUUCCUGGCACACGUUAGGUCCCUUGAUACCAAUUGAACAAUAUUUCCACGCCCUGAAGAAUUUAGACUGUUUUGGAUGCAAAGAGGGGGUCUGACCCGGUACUAGGUAGGUGUACCUAAUAAACUGGCCACUGCGUAUAUMGCCACCCUACAUUUAUAACCAUAUUAUAUCAGGCUUAUGCUUGUUGUAUGAACUAUACAUUAUGUGAAUKUAUUUAUAUUGAGUGGUGGAUUGAGUGAGUAUCUGUCUGUGUGCACAUGGUGCAGUGGUUUGAGAAAGCAAGGCUGUUGUGGAUCGAGGCAUGCACACAGAGGAARGAGACCUUGCUGAACCUAGCUGAAGACUUAUUUGACUCUGUAAUGGUUGUUCAUGAAUCAAGUCAAGAGGGAACAUAUCAGGUCACUGAAUGCUUUCUACAUCUCAUUGGCCAGCUGGCUGCAGAUCCAAGAGUCCACAUAAUGAUCCAAAAAGAGGCUAUUCGGAAACUGAACAUCAUUCUGGAUAAGAUCCCAGCGGAGCUCAAAAAGGAGAAGAAGAUCUUAUCGUCUCAAGAGGCCUCGGAUGUAAUGAACAACCUGGCCAGUCGAAUUGUAGAUGGUGGAGAUUAUGACCUGCAGAUAGCCUUGAUGGAAGCCCUGUGCAGGAUGACCACCCGUGCCCAGAGGAAGGAGCUGGCUGACGACUGGUUCUCCAUGGAGUUUGUUGCUAGCACCUUCAGUAAAAUUCAGGACUCUGAGUUUGAGACGGACUGCCGCAGGUUUCUAAACCUUUUGAAUGGGAUGCAGGGAGAUGGGAGAAGAGUGUUCUCCUACCCUUGUCUGGAGGUGUUUCUGGACAAACAUGAGUUGCUGAUGCCCUCUGAUGAGAAACUGGAGGAGUUCUGGAUCGACUUCAACCUGGGAAGUCAGAGCGUCUCCUUCUACUUCUCUCUCGCCGAUGAGGAUGCACAGGAGGGUCAGUGGGACACAGCCUGUAUCCCUGAGAAUGAAGUCCACAGUUACACGGUCACAGAGGAGGGUAGGAGGAAGGUGCUGAAGCUAAAGCUGACAGAGCCGCUGUGUGUGAGCGGGGUGGAGGGCUCCUACCUCACCAUCCACUUCAGCUCCUCCCUGGACAUCAUGCAGGCAGCCAGGAGCGUCUACGGAAACAAGAACAAAUCGUUUGUGGGCAAGAGAAGAACCUCUGUCGUGAAGACCACAGUCAAGAUUGUUAUGGAUGACAACUGCUCCCAGGCUCUUGUUCCCGAGAGUCAGAUGUCCCCCGACGCUGACGUGGAGAGAGAGAGGGACAGUGUCCCCUGUCUGCUACCCCCUCGGCCCUCUGGACCCUUACAGAUGGUGACUCCAGCCAAGCGGAGGGUGUCUGAGUCCAGCACGUUCAUCACCAGCAGCGGAGGAGGGAGGGGGACAGGAGCCAGCCCCUUUAGCGUUGUUAUGGCAGCAUCCACUCCCGGAGGCAGCAGGCCCAAAGUGAAGCCGGCUCUGGAGCUGGUCAGGUCGUGUGAGAGGCAAGGCCAGUCGGACUUGGGGGAGCUGAGGACGGCCAAACCCUACUACAACAGCAGGAGGGAGCAGAUGGAUGCGGUGGUUGCUCUAUCACAGAGCAAAGCUACCAAGCAGGACACCAGAGCUGGACCUGUGGCAGAGAAAUACCGCAGGCACAUCCCAGUGGACAAAGUGGUGGAGAUGGUCCAAACUGACCAGGGGGAGGAAGAGAAGCUUCUUGACAGCAGCAUUGUCCCUGACUCCCAGCCUACCAUGAAAACAGAGAGAACUAUAUUCUCCCACUGGAGGAAAGUGUCUGUAUCUGAGAUGCUGCUGCCGGUACAGAGAUGCUUCCAGAAGGCACUGCCCAAACCAGAACAUGAGAACGUAGAGCAACAGGAGCGUCCGUCGUCUGCCCAGAGAGGUUCUGGGUCGGUCCCUGGGUCAGCAGUCAGCCACAAGCAGCUCCACGCCCAGCUCACCCAGCGCCUGGAGGAGGUCCUCCGCAAGAGGGACCGGGGUACUGGGCCCGAGGAGCGAGCUGGAGCCCAGAUCAGAGUGCCUGAGGAGCGAGGUGGGCCACAGGACCGAGGGUCCCGAGAGCAAGCUAGAGCCCAGGGAAGAAGAGGGCCUGAAGAGCGAGAUGCAGCCCAGGGAGGAAGCGGGCCUGAGGAGCAAAGUGGAGCCCAGGGAGGAAGAGGGCCUGAUGAGCAAGAUGGAGCCCAGGGAGGAAGAGGGCCUGAGGAGCGAGGUGAGCCCACUGGGAGAGGUGCCAAAGAGUCACGGCAGGAUGCAGGAAGGCCUGGUCAGACCAAGGGGAAACCUAAGAGCCAGAAGUCUCAGGAAACUGAAGCCACCCCAGGGAAAGCCCCUGUCAAACCCACCCCAGCUAAAGAUAUACAGGAGAGGGCAACACCCAACUCCAAGGUUAAGGCCACUGGGUCAAACUCCAGUAAAGACAAGAGAGAGGAGGAGGUGACGGGCACCAUGAUGAGGUUAAUCUCCAGCCACUACGAGAAUAGCACAUCAUCCACCACCAUUAAAUCCCCUGUAGAGUCUGUUCCUCGCUGGCCCCUUCCACCCACCAACAGGUACUGCAGCAACAGAUCUGUUUUGGAGAAGAGUUGGUUGCCACCAUCGAUGGUGGGAACGGCAAAAGCUCCAGGAUAUAUGAAGUCCUACACUAACUCCAAGAAGCCCUCUGCAAAACAACAAGGAGAUGAUGUCUUUGCGUUCAAAGUGGAUACAUCUAUGACCACUGGGGGGGAGGGGAAAAUGUCCUCGGACACCUCUGCCAUUGAUAGCAGUGCUAUUCACAACUCCUGGGCAUUCCCCAGCACUGCCAAGAAGGGCCAAGCAGUCAAGUCCCAGGUAGCAGCUCCGCGGCGCCACGUGAAGAAGCACCUGUUCAGCGACACAGACACAGACACCAUGAUGGAGAUCAGCUGGCUCAAAGAGUCCAGCAGGAAGCCCAAGCCCAAAGUGAUCGACUAUAGCCGUCAGCCCCGGCUCCACCUCCCUACCCCCAACACCACAUAUGAGUCCCCAGACUUACCACCUAGCUCACCCAAGCCUGGGAAGGAGAAAGCCAAGCCAAAGAAGAAGAGACAGAGGGUGAAGGAGAGAAGUGUAGAGCAGAAGGAGAACAAUGGAGCGGCACUGGUGGCAGCAGGGACCAGUCAAGCAGCCAGGAGGCCCCAGAGAGCCGCCGCCACCAACGCCAAGAGCUACAGGGAGCCCGACAGCGCCAGCCAAUCAGAGACUGAAGAGCCGCCCGCUCCUAAGAAGCGCUCCAUCGGACCAGCGCAAAAGAGCGAGAAGGUUUGCCAAGAGGCUGUCGAGGUGAAGAAGAAAAAGGCAACCACCCCGGCCAAGGAACAGACGAAUGUACCGAAAGAGUCUUCUUGGGCUGCRCGGCUGGCCUCUUUCAAUCCUUCCCCUCCUGCAAUCGAGAGGAUGAGAGCUGCAUCCGAGAGGUCGCUGAUAGCCUUACCCCGGUCGCCCCUCACCCCGCUGGGCUCCCUGUCCGCCUCCCCUGCCAGCGGCCCCACUUCACCCCUUGCCCUGGAGCUGCCCCCCGAACACCCUCGCAGCAGCGCGGGCUUCCAGCCCUCCUCCUUCUACAGCGUCCCUGGGAGGAAGAGUGACCGCAAAGCUAAGGAUCCCCCUCUACCCUCUCUCCCAUCCCUUACUCCUACUGGCAAGACUCCUGGCCUUCGCGCCCAGAGACCCAGUGCCUUAGAGCUGAGCCCAAUCCAGCCGGCUCUCUCCCUGGCCCAGUCUCCCCUCUGCCCUCCCUCCCAGCUCCUCUUGACCUCCACGGCCCUCCAGAAGUCAGUGCUUCCCUCCCCUCUACUCCAAUCACAGCCCUCUCCAGGAGAGACUGAACAAUUCACCCUCCAUUUUGGCUCCCCGGGCCAACUGGGCCUGCCCGAGUCCUUCGACAAGGARUUUCUGGACUCCAGAGUGAAGCUGAGCCAGUCCUCGUCCAGGUCAGAGAUGUCAUCGACCCGAGUGGAGGUGGUCAACCCGGCAGCCCUGACAACCGCACUGGAGAAAACCCCAUACUCCGAGCGAAGGCACAAGCUGGAUCAACGCAGCUUUCACCUGUCAGGUCCCUGCACCGGGCGCAAGCGCCACAACUCCCGCCCCUCGUCCAGUAACUCGGAGGAGGAGGGAAAGAGGGGCACACGAAGAGGGGGGCAGGCGGUCAAGAUGAGGCCUAGGAAACUGUUUAAACCCACAGCUAAGCCCAACCUCCACGCUCAGGCCCAGGCAUGGGAGGAACAGAGCAGCUCUGACGAAGAGGAGAAGAAAGGACAUGGAACAAAGGACAGGGCCUCGCUGGCAACCACGAAAAGAUAUCACCACAUCCAGAGCAGCAAGAGCGCUCGUGACACAGUCAUGGACGUUUCUCCGGAGGGGGACCUGAGCCGGGUGGUAUCGUCCCACAUGGUGACAUCGUCCAGCUGGGAGGCCGACGUGGACGUCGAGGCCGAGGUGGAGGGUGAGCUGGGUCACCCCCCCCACGACAUGGGCAACAUGUGUCGCCAGUUCAGCUCCGAGCUCCAGAGGAAAUUCCAGAAUCGCUCCAGACGAAUGGAGCUGUACACCAAGCAGUCUCUGAAGACKGUCCAGCAGCACGUCUCUUCCAUCAGCGUGAGAGUUCAAAACUACAGGUCUCAGAAGCUGGAACAGGUCAGGGGUGUUCUGCUGAAUGAGAUCAACAACUUGGAGGAGGACGAAUCCACUCUAAAGAACAUGGAGAAGGAACUGACUACAUACUGGAUGAAGCAGUCUGUGGCUUUCCACUCCUACCAGGAGAAAGAGACUAGAAGACUGCAGAGCCUCAAGAGUACCUUCCAGACCGAUGUGUGUCACAGCCUGGAGUACGAGGAGAGGAUCUUCACCUCUCAGAUGUGCCUGAUGAGGAAAGACAUGAAGUCAGUUCAGGACAGACUCUUCAAGGAAAUGCAAGACGAGGAGAUAAUGAGUGUGAGGAGAGGACUACAGGCUCUUUUCCUGCCAGAGGGACCAAGAUUUUAAACCCAAAUCAAGUACCUCUGCACAUMUAUAAGAUAUGUUUGUGUUCUGUGAAGUUUGCCCGUCAUUCUACGUUAGCUGCAAUCAAAUUUAAUAUAUUAAGCAUAAGUUAAAGAAAUAUAUAUACAUGCCUUAUUUAAAAAUUAUCAAAUGUGAAUUUAUAUUAACAUUUUUUUAUGAGAUACUUUUUUGGAUUAUUGCAGUGAUGUUUGACACUGUUAAUAACUUUUUAUAGUUUUAACUGUCUCUCCAUAAGAGUAGUAUUUUCAAUAUAAAUAAUGCAUUUCUGUGAAAAUUGUUUGAAUGGCAUUUUAUCUGUACAAGGUUGCCUGCUAUUUGUUUGCUGUUAAGGUUGCCUAAGUUUAUUAAACUUUUUAAAACAUUUAUAAAAAAUAUAAAAAAAAGUGUAUUCAGAGAAACCAUAAUGUGCCUUACUUGGCAAGGAAAGAUGAAAGCAGUAUGUCAACAUAUUCACGUUAUUCUAAUGGACAAAUAUCAAUUUCAGAAUCAGCUAUU